AAAAAUCAAAACACAGAACUUCAAAAAAUUAAUUUCAAUUACAGACUUUUCUACGAAUGACGCGAGCCUAAAGAGAAUUGCAAUCUCAAUUAAUUAGGUAAAAGCGAAUUAAAGAAUUGCCUUCAAGCGCAUAGCUGCACAAGCGUAAGUUCGACGCGACGCAAGCAAAAAAAUGAGCAAGCAAAAAUCAAAGGCCCCAGCCAAGUUGCCUCCGCAACUAUUCAACAAUCAUCGUCAGAUGGCGCUACGCAACAUAACGGUUGCGGUCGUAUCUGCCUUGUUUGCCGGCUUAACUUUCAACCUGUUGCAUAAUAAGCAACGCAAGAAAAAAUAUCGCAAUUUUUAUAACAAUUAUGAUGCGGAUAAGUCGUUUAUGCGCAUGGCAGAGGGCGGUUAUCUGCAUUCCUGUCCACCUUGUUCGUUGAAAGAGGAAGAAAAUGGUGAAGCGGACAAAAAGAAGAAAAAGUAAACUCAAAAUUGUAUUGGAAUGACAUUUUUCCUUUGCAACUAUAACGAAUUAAAUAAAAAAAAAAUUCCA